CAAACUACAAAAGCCAGCUGCUCCGCACAGGCACACCCCGCCUUCUCUCUCAAUGGUAGAACCCGCUACUUUCUCUUCUCCCUCAAAUGCGAUGCUGCUCCUUCCUCUCUUCCUCAUCUUCACCGCCGCCGCCCCUACUCCCUCUCUCUCCCAGACCACAGGCUACCUCCUCCCACCUGACGCCGUUUCUCUUCUUUCUUUCAAGUCCAAGGCCGACUUGGACAACAAGCUUCUCUUUGCUAUCAAUGAGCGCUUCGACUACUGCCAGUGGCAAGGCGUCAAGUGCGCCCAGGGUCGCGUCGUUCGCUUCUUCCUCCAAGGUUUCUCUCUCCGUGGCACCUUCGCUCCCUACACUCUCACCCGCCUCGACCAGCUACGAGUCCUCAGUCUUGAGAACAACUCUCUCUCCGGUCCCAUUCCCGACCUCUCCCCUCUCGUUAACUUGAAAUCCCUCUUUUUGAGUCACAAUUCAUUCUCUGGAUCUUUCCCGCCUUCUAUUUUGUUGCUUCAUAGGCUCCAUGUUCUUGAUCUUUCUUAUAAUAAUCUCACCGGUCACAUUCCGGUUCAGUUGUCUGCUCUCGACCGGCUCAGCUCGCUUCGUCUAGAGUGGAACCGAUUCUACGGUUCGCUACCGCCAUUGAACCAGUCUUUUCUUAUUUUUUUCAAUGUUUCCGUGAAUAAUCUCACGGGGCCAAUUCCUGUUACGCCUACUCUUUCCAAGUUUGAUACGUCGUCGUUUUCCCUCAACCCGGAUCUCUGCGGUGAGAUCAUCAACAAGGAGUGUACUAGGGUGCGCUCUCCCUUUUUUGAUUGGCCAUCAUCGUCCAAUGCCACCUCGCCAAUGGCACCGCUAGACCAAAGUGCGCAGGCGGAAGGCGGAGCUGGUGUAGUAGUUUUGUCUCCGUCGUCACCGCAGAAGCACAAGAGAACUACUGCUUUUCUGAGUUUCGCUGUUGGUGUAUCGGUAUUAAUCGUAUCUCUUUUAUGCAUCUUUUUUGCUUUGGUCAAUAAACAGAGCAAACAAACAAAUUCGAAGGAGAAACAGCCGGCGGCAGCAGCAUCUGCAACCGAGGCUGCGAAUUCGAUUCAUACAAACUCGACAGCUGAUGAUCAAGCUAUUAAAGAAUAUGGGGAAGUUGUAGUAUAUUCGAAAACGAAGGAAAUUGAAGUACAGCAAGUGAGAAGAGCGGAGAAGAGUGGUGGUUUGGUGUUUUGUGGAGGGCAGACACAGAUGUACACAUUGGAGCAGCUAAUGAGAGCAUCAGCGGAGUUGCUGGGGAGAGGAACGAUAGGGACUACGUAUAAGGCUGUGCUCGAUAAUCAGCUGAUAGUGACGGUGAAGAGGCUUGAUGCGAGUAAGAGUGCCAUUACGAGUAGCGAUGCCUUCGAAGGGCUUAUGGAAGCUGUGGGUGGGCUUCGCCACCCGAACUUGGUACUGAUCAUGGCAUACUUCCAGGCCAAGGGAGAGAGGCUUGUUAUAUAUGAUUAUCAACCCAAUGGCAGCCUCUUCAAUCUCAUUCACGGUUCAAGAUCAACAAGAGCGAAGCCUCUUCACUGGACAUCAUGCUUAAAGAUAGCAGAAGAUGUGGCCCAGGGUCUUGCCUAUAUCCACCAAGCAUCAAAGCUCGUUCAUGGCAACCUGAAAUCUUCCAACAUUCUGCUCGGAGCUGAUUUUGAGGCCUGCAUCACAGACUAUUGCCUUUCUGCCCUUGCAGACACUUCUACUGAAGAUCCUGAUUCCAUAGCAUGUAAAGCACCUGAGACCCGCAAAUCUAACAGUCGAGCCACUGCCAAAUCUGAUGUGUAUGCAUUUGGUGUCCUAUUACUCGAGCUUUUGACUGGUAAACAUCCAUCACACCAUCCAUUCCUUGCACCCACUGAUAUGUUGAACUGGGUCAGAGCAGUGAGGGAAGAUAAUUGUGUGGAAGAUAACCAGCUAGGAAUGCUUACAGAAGUCGCCAGUGUUUGUAGCUUGAUAUCUCCAGAACAAAGACCAGCAAUGUGGCAAGUGUUGAAGAUGAUACAUGAAAUAAAGGAAAGUGUCAUGGUAGAGGAGAAUGCACCUCCUGGAUAUUCGUAGUUGUUUUCUUUCUACAUGUACAGGAAUGGAUGAAUAGAAGAAACCACAAACUCAUGCAAUCCAAACCAUAGCUUUGGCAGAUGGGCAUUUGUCUAGAGAAGAAUUAUAACAGACAACCACUCCGGCUGUGAUAAAAAAAUUUAUAUGAUUUAAUGGAGCUUGAGGAAGCUAUAGGAACGCCAUUAGAUGUGAUGCUUAUGUGGCAGAUAAACCAUGAUUUUGUAAAGAUUCUAUAGUUCUUUUCUGUGGAGUGUUAUCAUUUUGAA